AUGGUGAAGAAGAAAAAUUGGAGAGAACCAAAGGAUUCCCCUGCUCAGCUAUUGGCUCCUAGAGCUCUGAAGUUUUCUGAUGCUAAAGCCGGUGUGAUCAAAGGUUGGAUAUUGAUAGGUUGGUGGGAAGAAACUGGGAUUUUACUUUCCAACCAUCUAUUGGAAGAGCUGGUGGGAUUUUGGUGUUGUGGAAGUGCAAGAUUUUGGUGUUGUGGAAGAGCAAUGUGGGUUCCUUUCAUGUCUUUUUUUCAUAAUGACCAAUGCAUUAUGGGAAGGUUUAAAGCUUCCAGUGAUAUUGAAUGGGAGAUAGCCAUUGUCUAUGCUAAUAAAGACAGGUAUAUCAGGAGGCAAAUCUGGGAGGGUAUUACUCAAAAUCAUAGGCUGGAUUCUUGGCUUCUAGUUGGAGGUGAUUUUAACUGUAUCAUGGCAAAGGAGGAAAAGGAGGGUGGGAAGCCUGUCAAAUUUUCUGUGGCACAAGUGAGAUGGGAGAUUUUGUGGCAGCCAAUGGGUUGGUCGAUCCUGGGUUCUUGGGCCCGGCUUUCACUUGGACCAACAAUAAGGAUGCAAGAAGUCGGAUUGAAGGUUAAGCAUCUCACGAGAUUAGUUUCGGAUCACUAUCCUAUUCUUUGUUCAAUUCAGGAAGGUUGGAGGAGGACUUAUUCUAGUUGGAUAAAGUUUGAAGAUAUAUGGACUAGCUAUCCGAUGGCUCGUCAUUUGGUGUGGGAGAAGUGGAAGGUGCAUGAUGUUGGUAAUGAGGCAUAUAAAUUACAUAAAAAGUGCCAAAGGACCUUGAAGGCACUCUUUUUUUGGAGUAAGGAUAAGUUUAAGAGGUUAAAACAACUAAAGAAGGAGCUGGAUGGGGAGAUCAAAACCUUACAGGAGUUGGAAUGCUUGCCGAAUGGUCUUUCUGAUAUUCAGGCUGAGGCUUUGAGAUAUAAAGUUCAAUUACUCAAGAGCAUGUUGGCUCGUAUCUCGAUCUGGUGGAAACAACGUGCAAAAGCCAUAUGGAUCGAUCAGGGAGAUGAGAAUACUCAUUUCUUUCAUUCCAUGGCUUCAGCUAGGAGAAGAUCCAGUCAUAUUCAUGCUAUGAAACAAUCAGAUGGAGUGCAAGUAACUGAUCAAAGGGACAUCUCUAAGGUGAUUCAUGCUUAUUUUGAACAGAAAUGGAGUGGGAAAAUCAUUAUGGAGGAUGGUUGGCCAUCACUUGAUUCUCAGAUGUCUUGUAUGGAGCGGUUUGUUGGAAUUCUAGAUUGUGAUGUUUCUAAAGUGGAAAUAUGGAAGGUUACAUUAUCCUAUUUGGAGUUCUUUGCAAUGGGGGUUAUGAAUCCAGAAUGGAAGGAGACGGUGGUAGUUUUAUUGCCUAAGGUCAAUAAUCCUGAACUUCCUUCUAAUUUCAGACCUAUCAGUCUAUGUCAAACUAUAUAUAAAAUUGUUGCAAAAGUGCUAGUUAACCGGUUUAAAGAUAUUUUGCCUCUGUUAAUUUCUGAAGAACAAGCAGCUUUUGUCCAAGGGCGUUCGAUCUCGAACCAUUGUUUAUUGGGACAGGAAAUCAUGAAUAAAUUUAAGGUGUCCAAAUCAGCUAAAGGGUUGCUUGCGAUGAAAGUUGACAUGGAACAAGCAUAUGACAGGAUGACCUGGAAGAUGCUAGAACUUGUUUUGAAGAGGAUGGGAUUUCCCCCAAGGUUUUGCUCUUGGCUUACUGAUGGAAUUGUGGCUGAAUGUGGGUUUCGGCAGGGGUGCCCGCUUUCACCAUAUUUGUUUAUUCUGUGCUCGGAGCUGUUGUCGUUGCAUUUCCACCAAAAUUUCCUGGAGCUUGGAGUGCACAUCAGUGUGGGGGGACCUCCUGUCUCCCAUCUUCUUUAUGCUGAUGAUGUUUUAAUUUUUGUAGGUGCUACUAUUCCUAAUGUUAAGAAGAUUAUGACUAUCUUGAAGGAUUAUUGUUCAUGGACGGAGCAAAAGGUCAAUAAUAGCAAAUCUGCUAUUAUUUUUAGCAGGAUGACUAAUUCAACUACCAAAAACCGUCUGGCUAAACUUGCUGGAUGUCGCAAGGUGGAGGAGAUGGAAUACCUUAGGAUCAAACUCACUUUGAGGAAGUUGAAGAAAGCAGAUUUUGGACCACUGAUUCUAAAAGCUCGGGCAAAUACGUUAGCUUGGGGAAUCAGGCAUUUAUCAUUGGCAGGGAGAGUAACACUUAUUAACUCAGUGUUAUUGCCUUCUUCUAUUUAUUUGAUUACCCACACUAUUGUUCCAAAGAGUGUUUUAAAUGAGGUUGAGAAGAUUUGCUGUGGUUUUCUUUGGGAUAAGGAUUCUAAUCACAGAGGAUUGCACUAUGCUUCAUGGGAGAACAUAUCAAGACCGAGAAGAUUGGGGGGUCUCGGGUUUCAUGCUAGUAGCAACUGGAUAUCUCCCUUAAGGGCUAGAAUUACCUGGGAAUUCUUAUCAAAGCCAUCAAAUUUGUUCCAGGAAUGUAUGAAACAUAAAUAUGGAGAUUGGCCGUGGAUGGUAGAACACAAAUGUGGAGAUUCUAAUGGCUGGAAGGUUAUUUGCAAUGGUGCAAAUAGUUUGGCUAAUUGUGUUCGUUGGAAGGUGUGUAAUGGAAAGGAGGUGGAUGUUUUAGAGCAUAUUUGGAUAUAUGAUAAGGCUAUUGCUUGCUGGCCCACCUUCUGUGACUCUGGAGCUAUUGAGGGAUGCAAGGUUGAGGAGUUUCUUAUGGCUGGAAGGACCUGGAACAAGGAAAAACUAUUGCAGUAUUUUGGUACAAGCCUAGUGGAGAAAAUCUGUGAUGUUAAAAUCUGGGUUGAGUUAAAUGUAGAUUCUUUGGAACCCAUUAAAAGUACGCUAGGCUUAUCAAUUUCAGCUAUGUGCUAUAAUAGUUUGUUCCAAGAAGAUGAUGAUCCUGAUUGUAAUAUUUUGAAAAUUGGCUUGAGAUCCCCUGAAAGAUUAUUCUGGUGGAGAAUUUAUAAAGACAUGAUUCCAACUGGGAUUUGGCUGCAUGGAUGUGGUUUAGGGGGAGAUCUCAUGUGCACGAUUGGAUGUAAUAAGCUUGCAGAUAUGGAACAUAUCACAACUAAGUGUAAACAGCUAUUGGAAAUCCUGAAGUGCUUAAACGGGUGGGGGUUUUCUACCCCACGGUUUUCUUCUUUUGAUGACGUGCAGGUGGCGUUGGGGAGAAAUAAUUAUCACAAGGAUCAGCAAGUAGUAUUGUAUUGUCAUGCUGUUUAUGCUAGUUGGGUUAACAUAAAUGUUAUCAAACAUGGCAAGGCUAGGUCCACUCCUAUUGUGAUGGCUGCUAGUAUUUUAGAAUCCAUCAAGCAGAAGUUUUUUUCUACUAGCCUAGAGCAACGGUUCACCUAUCAAUCCUUUGGAUUGUCUUGUUCUUUCUCUUGGUGUGCCCCCCCUACAGGUUGGUUGAAGAUUAAUGUGGAUGGAGCUCUACUCAGAUCAAAUGCUGGAGAGAUUGGUAUUGUGAUAAGAGAUAGCUUGGGCAAUCUGGUGGUUGCAGCUGGAUGGAACAUUACUCAUUAG